CUAAUUUUUCUAAGAUUUCAUUCACCUCUUUUACCUCUUUCUUGUUUAAUUUUUGGUUUGAUUUAUCUAAAUUUGAUAGUGGUUGGUUCAAGUCUCCCACUAAUGUUUUUACUGUCUAUUUCCUCCUUCAAUUCUCCUAGUUUCUCUAUUAAAAAUUUGGAUGCUAUACCAUUUGGUGCAUACAUGUUGAUUAGUGAUAUUUCCUCAUUGUCUAUACUCCCUUUUAACAGAAUAUAUUUACCUUCCCUAUCCCUUUUGAUCAGGUCUAUUUUUGCUUUGGCUUUGUCAGAUAUCAUGAUUGCAACUCCUGCCUUCUUUCUAUCAGUUGAGGCCCAAAAGGUCUUACUCCAACCUUUAAUUCUAACCUUGUGAGUGUCAACCCGCCUCAUAUGUGUUUCUUGAAGACAACAAAUGGUAGGGUUUUGGGUUCUAAUCCAAUCUGCUAUUUGUCUACGUUUUAUGGGUGAGUUCAUCCCAUUCAUGUUCAAAGUUAUGGUUGUCAUUUGUGGAUUCGCUGGCAUUUUGAUAUCUUCCCCUAGUUCUGACCUUUCUUCUUUAGCUAUCUCCUUUUGAACCAGUGAUUUACUUUAGGUCAGUCCCCCUAGUCCCCUCCCUUGAGAUGCUUCCCUUUCUAGCCCCUCCCUUUUUAUGGUCCCUUCCCCUCCCCCCUCUCUUUCCCUCCCUUUUUAUACUCCCCUCCCCCUCAUUAAUUUUCCUUUCUUUCUUCCCCUAUUGGAUAAGAUAGAAUUCAGGAUCCCACUGGAUCUAGAUGUUCUUCCCUCUCAGAUUUGAUUUCACUGAGAGUAAGGUUUAAGUAAUUCCACUUCACACUUUCUUCCUCUCCUUCUCACAUGAGAAUUCUUCCCCUCGCCUUCCCAUGUGUAUCUUUAUAUGGGAAAGAUUAUUCUAUUAAGUCCCCCCCUAUUUCUUGAAGUAAAUCUUAGUGUUAUCGACGGUUCCCCCCCUCCCUUUUCCCAUCUCUUUUUCCCAUUUUUCUUUCCAGGUUUCCAUCUUUUAGGUAAGUUCCAGUUUGAGAUCUUCCAGAGCUUGUUGAUAGUUUCCAUUUUGGGAGGCAUGUUCUGAUUUUUUUUGGAUUUCAUCCUCAUUCUCUUCUUUUCCUUGGGUACUUCCACCAUAAAAGUUUUCAAUAGUCACCUUUUUCCCUUUCUUCCUGAAGGCUUGAUUUUGGGCCAUGUGAGCCAUCCCUUUGGUGGUUUUAUUCCCCUUUCCUUUUUGGUCUGGGUUCUGGGUGAUAUGGGUGGGUUUUCUGUGAAUUUAGGUUGCCUCAGACUAGUUCUUCCCAGCCUCCAAGGUUUCUUAGAGCACUGGGCUCCUGAUCACAGCCAAACUGUCCAGGUGUUCAGCUCUGCCCAGAUAAUCAGUGCGUGGUCCACCCCUGGUGUUUAGCUCCGCCCAGAUGCUCAGCGCAACUGCCCCGAGUACGGCUCCCUGGGCCCCCUGUGAUCAGUGCAGGAUUCUCCCGUGAAACCGCCCUGAGAUGUUUUUUCCUGGCAGUCCCCAGAUCCCAAGGACCCUGGAGUACCCCCCAGACAGAGACAUUCCCCAUUCACUCGCUGUCCCAGUGAGCGCUCCAGUAGCUCGGUCUGGUUUGGUGGGGGAGGUGGGGGGGAUAGGGCGGCUCAGUUCACGUUUCUGUGCAAGCUUUACCUCCUUCUUAUUAUAGUGUGGAAGUGUUCAAACCCCACGUACCUUUGCCUCUGUGGGGUACUGGGGAGUCCUUCUGUUCCUCCAAAGGUGAUUUUUAUGCUCCUUUGAUGUAGUCUAUUUUGUUCGGUGGCGGGGAGAGGAAGUGUGUGGCAUCUGGAUUGGAGGCAUGAUUACCCAGAAGUUCCUUGAAUAUUGAUUCUAAGAUGGAAAGUGAGGGGUUAAAAAAAAAAGAUAAGGAUUCAGAAAAUGCCAUUAGAUAUAUGGCAAUUAAGCAAUCAAUAGAGCAUUCAAGAUGGUGGAGUAUAGGGAAGUAGUACAACCUGGUUCACCAUUCCCCACAACCAAUCCAACAAAAACCCAAGAAAAGUGUCUUAUAUAAAAAUGAGAAUUUCUAGGAUAAGACCACAAAUCUGUUCCAAAAACAAGUGACCAGGCCAAGAAUUAAGGAAUAAGAGUUGAGUUAGGAGUAUGGAUCCAAAUGGGGGAGCAGAAUGAGGACACUGUAGUAUCUCUAACUCACAAGCCAGUAUUAUCUCAGUUCUUCUGAACUUGAAAGAGGAGAGCAGACAUCCCCAGAGCAGAAACUUCAGCGCUAACCGUCUGACCCAGAGAGGGAAGUGCAGACUCAAUCCCUAAGUGCAAAAUGGGAGAAGUGAUAUUGCUUUGAGUAUGAAGGAGGGAUCCAAGAAUCAUCAUGGAGCCCAGAAUAGGGGCUGCCAUCAUCUUUAUCCAUUUUUUGCUUGCAUUUAUACUUGCUAAUGUGGUUGGAAUGUAUCUGGCUCAGAACUAUGAAAUUUCCACCUUGGCCAUAAAACUUGAAGAUAUUAAAAAAGAUGUGGAUACCAAAAAGAUACUACUUCUCUUUUAACAAAUUUCUACAAUAUUAUCUGUUUUGCUCCUCAUUCUGAGAAGAUUCUCAUUCCUGUUUGGACUGCCAUUGGACUAAAAUAUACCCAUGAUACUGAAACUACCUUUUAUUACUCUAACCUGAAUAUCUGCUGAUUCAAGUCUCAGAAUCACAGUGUUUGACCAUGAAAUGCUAGUUUUGGUUAGUGGUCUCUCUUUUUAGCUUUUUAAUUGUGAACUUUUAGGGUCCAGAUUCAUCUUAGGGCCUGUCUUAUGACCUCUAUCUGGGCCAAAGGGCCUGGAGAUCACAGAGUUAGCCCCUACUAAAGAAGAGGGAUAAACAGGCAUUACUUUCUCUCUGAACCUGUAAAACCUUCCAGCUAACUGAUGGUUGCUGGGACUAAUAACUGUCUACUACCUCAGGGAAAGUUUCUAACUGUGAAGUCUAGACCUCGUAUAGUUUCUAGAAAGCCUCUGAGGGCAAUGGUCACAUUACAUAGAGCCCGCUAAAAGUCUGCAACUACCUUUGUGAUUUUUGAAGAGCAAAACAUGAAUUACCAGGAUAAAGAGAAACCAGAUAAGAAAGGCUAGGACCAUACUAAAGAAGCAGAAGUUGAUGAUGGAGUUCAUUUGAGCAAUAUGACUCAUAUUGCUAUCCUAAUAUGACUCUUUUUAACAAAGACAAUAAACUAUCAGUAGUAAAUAAUAACUGCCAAUUUACCUAACAUUCUAAUGUUUGCAAAGUAUCCUAUAUAAAUUAUCUCUUUUGAACCAGCAGCACAGCAGUCCUUGAAGUGGGUACUAUAAAUACUGUUACACCCAUUUUACAAAUGAAGCUCAGAUAGGUUAAGCCCCUUUGGUCCCAGAGCUAAGAGUCAGAUAUAAGAUCUGAAGCCAAGCAUUCUUGACUUCACAUCUAGAUUACCUUUUUAACUAAAAAUUUACAUCCUUAUGUCAUGCUAUAUUUCUGCAAUUGCCACUACACUACAUUGCAAAUUAAAAUUUUUAUUAAAAUUGGAAGCAUACAACAAAUCUAAGCUACCUUAAAAAAUUUAAAACUUUGCAGUGAUAUAUUCAAUUUUUAUAUCAUCUUCAUUUUAGAAUUUUCUCUUUCCCCUCUCAUAUCCAAGGACAAUGCUUUGUAAGAAAAAAAGAAAGUAGUUCAGCAAAAAUUAACCAACCUAUUAAUUGAUUCUAACAGUCUAUAUAGUAUUCUAUUCUCAUAGUUUGCCACCUCUUCAGGGAAAGGAAUCUAUAUUCUCAUCUUUUAUUUGGGGAAAAAUGUGGUCAUUAUAAUUACAUUCAUUUUUUUGUAUACUGUUUUCCUAUUUUUCUUACUUUACCAACUUCAGCAAUUUAUAUAUCUAUCAAUCAAGCUACUUUAAAAAGUAAGUGGAAAUGCUGGCUUUGAACCAAUGAUACUGAAUAGUUUGCUGAGCAGUAGUUUUCUCAGAAUAUGAUGCAAAAGGAAAUGUCUCCCAAGUAAUCUUUACAUCUGUGAAGAAGUCUUAGAAAAUAUGGUAAUAUGGUUUUCCCAAGUUUGGUUUUCAAUUUUGAGCCUAUGUACUAAUAAAAACAAUAUUCGUUCUUUUUGUUUUUUUGCGAUCUUAAAUAAAAUGAUGAAUAGAGAAUUCUCAUGUUUGUUUAAGUAAAGGAAACUUGAGUCUAUAUAAGUUAGUGGAAAAUUGUCUAGACAUGGUCACUUAGAUUUGACUUUUGGCUUAAAUACUUAAUAGCCUUGUGACCUCUUUGAACCUUUUUCCACACAUAGAAUAGGGAUUAAAAAAAAAACAAAAACAGCCCCACCACAAGACUGUUGUAAGAAAAGCACUGGGUGUUAAAUGUUUAUUAGCCAUAUGUACUAGAGAUAGUGUUCCUGAAUUAUUAUCAAAUUAACAAAUGAUCUUAGGUACUUUUAUUUUGGUAACUUUUCCUCCUUGCUAGCUGUAGUUCGUGUCUGUGUGUGCUUUAGAUUCUUUUUUGUUGUUGUUCAGUUUUAUAGUAUCCAAAGAACAUGUGCAUGGGGUGCUCACUGGACAUAAGGAUAAUGAAUGGAUGAAACUCAGGAUGUUAGAAAAAGUGAGAUAGCCCUCUCAAUGUGAGUGGUAACAGAUAGAAAGGCUCAGAAGUUGUAAAAGUUCAGCAGUCAGGUCAGGUGACUGUGGGGUAGGGCAGCAGGAGAGAUCUAUAGGCAAAACCUGGAAGGCCUGGGAGCCCAUUGCAGGACAGAUGUCAUAUAAGGCUUAGUGGUCCUUCAUCUCAAAUGAUGGAAUAGAGUUGGUGACAUCUAAGCCCUAUGAACAGAGAGCCUAUGCAAGAUGCUUCAGGGUAGGAGGAAGGAAAGGAGUGCCAAUAUUUGAAGUCUCUUUUUAACAGACUUUUUUUUUAACAGAAAGUCUUUGGCUUUCCAGUGGUUAAAGAAGAGCAGUGCAUUUGGUAUCUUAGUCCAGCCCUCUCAUCCUUUGCCAUUCUUGUUCCUGUUUUCCUAUAAAUUAUCCAUACAAGGAAUAUACCUGAAACGUAGGCACUGCCUUCUAGGUUUUAAAAAAUAUUUUGUAAAAAUAUUGGGCACAAAUAUGGCACCGGAGUAGGCUGUUAAUCCCAUACUGUUUCACCUUUUUCUUUAUAUUCCCAGGACUUAGCAUAGUAAGGGCAUAUAGUAGAUGCUUACCAAAUGCUUGUUGGCUGUAGGGCUAACUCGGUUUCUACAUUAUUUCCUGCAUUUUUAAUCACCUAACUCUGGCACUGUUUUAAGGGAUGGGGAUACAAAGAAAGAACAAAGAAACAAAAAGCCAAGGCUCCACAUGCAAACAACUUUGUACAAACAAGGGAUGGACAGGUUAAGUUGGAGAUAAUCACAUUUUUGCAGUAGGUCAUACUUGGUAGUACCCAGCAGCCCAUUCUACUUCUUGGUCAUCCACAGCUUUGAGAAAGGGAACAACCUAUUCCCAAAGAUUCCUGAAAAUACUGAGGCUAAAAAGGGGUUCAGUUUGGAUGUCGGGAGCAGCUUGGUCUUGUUUCCCACAAAGUACAGAAAUGAGCUAAAAAGCAUUAAGUUCAGAUAUAGGCAUUCACAGGAGCUGUCCGGCACGGAUUAAAUUAUAGACAAUAGCGUGGAGAGUGUUACUGAUGUUUUUGCAAAGAAGGAAAGCUUGGUGGGUCCUUCAGGCUCCCCCCACUGGCUUAGUAGGGGGUGACAGAAGACUAGGCCUCGGCGUAUUGUGCCUUGAAGGCUUGCGGAUCCGUUCUGACUGGCCCCAAAGGUAGGAGGAUGACCUAGGCUUCUCCACCUGCACAGGAGGCCUCGACUUCUCCAGGCUAUUGGGCUGGGCUGUAUUGGGCCCCACCGUCCUUGGCAACCAGGAGUUCAGACUAAAGGGUGGAGGGUGUCACGGAGGCUUCCGCUGAGCACCCUCUGGAGCAGGCCACAACUCUCUGGAUGACAGCCCCGGCAGAAGCCGCGAGGCGUCCCGCACGCGAACCCAGGGCCGCCGCGCCUGCGAGGCGUCAUUUCCGGUGAGCGGGCCCCGGGCUGUUGGGAGUUGGUGGGGGCAGCAGCCGCCGCGGUCGAGGCAGCAGCGAGGCCAAGCCUGCCCCGACAACAACGCCCGAGGCCCGGCCAUGGCCUCGCCGCUCAAGGUGGAGCAGGACGUGCAGGGGAAGGUGGAGUCGUUUCGGGCCCGAAUCGCACAGGAGGCCGAGGAUCUCGUGUCCACCUUCUUCCCUCAGAAGCUGUCGGAGCUGGACAGCCGCGUCCAGGAGCUCCGCCUGCAGGACCUGUCCCGCAUCCGGUCGGUGCCGGCCCCGGAGCCGCCCGUCGCCCAGGACACGCCGGACACCGCGGGCGACGGGCCCAACCGCGAGCCGCCGACGCCCGCCACCUUGCAGCCGGCGCCGCCCGGCAAGGGCGCCGGGCUGUCGGGCGGCGAGGGGCAGCUGCUGCGCAGCAACCAGCACCUGGUGGAGCUGAUCGAGCGCGUCAAGCCGGAGAUCGAGCUGCUGAGGGAGAAGUGCAACACAGUCCGCAUGUGGGUGCAGCUGCUCAUCCCCAAAGUGGAGGACGGCAACAACUUCGGCGUGUCCAUCCAGGAGGACACCGUGGACCAGCUGUGGACGGUGGAGAGCACAGCCGCCUCAUACCUACGUCGCUUCUCCACCUACUACAAUACCCGCGCCAAGCUGGUGUCCAAGAUAGUCAAGUACCCACAGGUGGAAGACUACCGGCGCACUGUGGCCGAGGUAGACGAGAAUGAGUAUCUUAGCGUUCGCCAGAUCUUGCUGCAUGUGCGGAACCAGUAUGCCACCUUGCACGACGUGAUCCUCAAGAACAUCGAGAAGAUCAAGACCCCGCGCAGCGCCAACACUGAGAACCUGUACUGAGGCCGCCGCCGGGCCGGACGGAAGUCGUUAGGAGGGUCGCCCGCCGGCGAGCCCCGGGACCGGGCAUCGGGCGCCGCCCACCAGCCCUUCUGUCGGUGUCGAGUUCGACGCGGCUCCCCCUGAACCCUCUUUCGGUUUUGUGUUGUUCUUGUUUUCCUUUGGGGGGAGAUUGGUGACGGACCAUCUCGUGUGAGGGGGCAGGUUGGCCAAGGAGAAAAGAAAAGACUGCCUUUCCGAGGAAAGCAGCUUUGUAGGUGACUACUGUGGCAUGGGUGACGCUGAACUUUUCCAAAGGUUGUUCAUUAAAAACAGAAGUUUAAAAGAGAAGUUAAUGAAACUUUUCCCUCGGUUCUGCAACGUGUUACUUUGUUAAGACCUCAGGAAUUCUCCCAUUCCACCAUCAUUUGUUUUUGCAGAGAAAGGAGUUUAAGGAGAUCUAUGUUUAGGUCAUUGUAUGCCAUAAAUUUAGCAGGUUGAAAUAAAACUUGGUUUAAUGUUUUA